UAGGCUUUGGGCUCCGUCCGAGCCCGCGCACGGGCGUGCACUGCCAUCUAGUGGGACUGCGGCAGCUCAGCCUUGGGCAUCCCCUGGCGCUCAGGUGGAGACGCUCCCGGGUUGGGAGGGCAGACAGCUUUGCUGGGAAGGCCGCAGACUCCCCAAGAGGAAGCACCAAACCUCCCAGCCCCCCAUCCCAUUGCAGGUGAGAGGAAGGAAUGGGUCUCACUGGGCUGAGCACUGCAACAGCAAAAAAAGAAGAGGCUUCUGAGCACCCUGACCCUCCCACAGGCGUUCUGGAAAUCUUUGCCGUCUCUCAGGGGAUCGUAGGAAUCCGAGGAGUUUUCAGCAACAAAUUUCUAGCUAUGUCAAAGAAAGGAAAACUCCACGCAAGUGCGCGCUUCACUGCCGAGUGCCAGUUCCGUGAGCGCUUCCAGGAAAACAGCUACAACACCUACGCCUCGGCCGUGCACCGUGGGCAGCGCUCCGGCCGCCAGUGGUACGUGGCCCUCAACAAGCGGGGCAAGGCCAAGCGGGGCUGCAGCCCCCGCGCCCGCCCUCAGCACGUCUCCACACACUUCUUGCCCCGCUUUCGGCAGCCCCCUCCAUCCCAGCUGGCCUUCACCGUUGCCCGCCCCGAGAAGAAGCCACCGCCACCACCACCACCGCCACCCAAGAAGAUGGCCACGUCACGGCACAGCCCUGGCCCCGGUCGCUACCGGCUAAAGUUCCGCUUUGGGUAGUGGCUCCCCAGGACACUGCGGGGCUGUUGGGCAGGGUGACGCUGGGAUGGACGUGGGAAGGACGUCUGUUGGCAGAGAUGAGACCCACGGUUCAGCUGCUGAUGGUAUUUUGCUGUGGAACCUCCACAGAACCACGACACCUUCUCUCUCCUGCUGGGGGCUGGCUGAGAAUUGAGUUGUCACAGUGCCAUCGUGACUGUCCUCUUCUCUGGGCUGAGCAAACCAGGGGACCUCGGCACUCCUCACGUGUCUUCCACAUGUAUGUGUAUAUAUGAGCAACAAGACGUAGGACACACCAGAAGUUCACCAAAAAUCUGGACUGUCUGAGGUCAUACAGCUUCUUCCAAGGUUUCCCAGAUGAGUCCCUCUGAACCAUCUCUCAUUGAAUCCUGAGUUUGCCGUGCUAACAGAACUCUGGGCUGCUGCUGGGCAGACAACUUAUGAACCCAAUCAGAGAGAUUUGAUAUCUUGUGUUAAUUCUUAACAUCUACAGAUACUGAAUUCAGAUUGCAGCCUCCCACAAUGGAGAUGAGGCCUGCAGGGCAAGCACAGCCCAACUCCGCCAGGACAUCCAUGAGGGACUCUGUGCUGUCACUGGCUUUAACUUUGCAGCCACAUUAUUUUGAGUGAAAAAGCUGAUAUCAGAAUUAAUAGGAGCAAAAUAAUGUCUAAAUAAUGAGAAGAAACCCCACACCACUGCCACAAUGAACAUGUGAAGUGGCAUAAAUGUGUUUAUUUCUACCUAGGGGAACCACUGCUACUCCAUGUAGGACGUGACUUUGCACAAUAAGUCCCAUGUGAACACAGGAGCUGUGCAGAGCUUUCUGUUGCGUUGAACACUGAUAUCAACUUUAAUGCCUACAGAAGCCUUCAUAAUCCCUUAGAGUGCUGGAUGAGAGAAAAACAGCACAGCCAGAAGAGAGCUGCAGUGUUUGGACUGCUUCUGUUUUGAUGUGUUCUCCCUCUGCUCCUGGCACAUGGCUGUCACUCAGACCCAUGCUAAGAGACUGUUCCAAUUACUAGCAUUGAGAUAGAACGGUUCACAAAAUUCUGCUGGGUGACACCGUUUUGACCAAUUGCAUGAAUGCACUGUGCUCUCAGUUUUUUUCACUGCUCUCUUGUAACUGUUAGGAAAGCAUUACAAAUAAAUGGAGAAUGGAUCAUGAGAAGGAGUUCUGGGAGAUGGAAAUAUAGCCAUCAGCUUUGGAGGCAUGUCCAGGGAGCAUACGGACAAGUGCACUGGAAAACACUGCUGCUUGCAAAUGGCACUAAAACUUACUUAAAGGGAAAUCAUCAGUAAUUUUUUUUUUUUUGUGUGUAAAACUCUAAAUUAAUAUGAGGAUCAGGCAAAGUAACACUGAGGUCAUAGCACUAACUUAAAUCAUAGAACCAUGGAAUCGUUUGAGUUGGAAGGGACCCUUAAAGGCCACCUAGUCCAACUCCCCUGCAGUGAGCAGGAAUGCCUACAGCUCCAUCAGGUGCUCAGAGC